AUAUAAGAGCAAAGGAGGAACUUGGCCGUACAGUCUUGACCCGUGAUUCUUGCAAGGAUGAUGUUCUUAAAGAUAAGUGUGGCUGUGCUAUGUUUAGGAGCAGUUUUAGCAGAGCCACCAGUCAACAAUCAAUACCUUCCACCGGCCACUGGAGGGUACAAUUAUCCAAAGCCUUCUCAGCCUUUCCCAUCUCCACCUAGGCCAGCACCACCGGCGCCUCGACCACAACAGCCGACGUUCAGCCCACCUGCUCCUCGACCACCACAGCCGACUUACGGUCCCCCGGCUCCUCGUCCUCCACAGCCCAGUUUUAGCCCACCUGCUCCUCGACCACCACAGCCGACUUAUGGUCCCCCGGCUCCUCGUCCUCCACAGCCCACUUUCAGCCCACCAGCUCCUCGUCCUCAACAGCCCACCUAUAAACCCCCUGCUCCUAGACCACCACAACCCUCAUACGGUCCACCAGCUCCCCGCCCUCCUCAACCUUCAUACGGUCCUCCCGCAGUCCGUCCACCAGCACCCCCUGCGCCUAGACCACCACAAUUCAGCCCUCCUGGUCCUUCAGGACCUCCUACCGAAGGCAGCGGUUACCGACCUUCAUCUCAAUCACCGCAAGGACCUCAACAUUCUCCAUUCCCAGGCCAGGGAAGCCACGAUGGAGGCGGACACGAUCACCACGACCACCACCACCACGAACCUGGCAUGCCUUUUGACUUUAACUACGCUGUUAAAGACGACUAUUACGGCACUGAUUACAGCCACAACGCUGUUUCCGACGGUGAUGUCGUCAAGGGAGAGUACAAGGUGCUGCUUCCCGACGGCCGGCUGCAGAUCGUUUCUUACGUCGCCGACUGGAAAAACGGCUACAACGCAGACGUCAAGUACCAAGGAGAACCGCAGUACCCGCAGCAAGCCGGCUCCAGCCCUGGGCGCACAUUCGCAUCACCCCAACAAGGAGGAAGCGGGCCUUACUAACCUGGGCCUCGCACUUACCUUUAUUUAUUUAUUUGACUUUCCGCUGAAAAUGAUUUUGCAUAUUCUGAUCUUUUGGAAACCUCUUACACCAUUCUUCAAAGGAAUGGUCAAAAGAUGUUCCGAUUAAACAAGAAUAAUUUCAACCAAAUAAAACAUUUUAAGCGGAUUAUGCAUAAUGACAUGAUCGGAAAGCUCAAGGUACCAAAAACACUUCAACCAAUCCCGACUCCCUUUCCCUCUUGUGCCAAUCCCUUUUGUUUUUUUAAGAACAGUACAGAUGUAAGAUUUUUUUAUUUAUAUUUAUGCCUGAAACAUGGCAUGCAUUGUACAUAGUAUUAAAAAAAUGUGGCCUCAAAAUCACGGGUGGACAUUUGUCCAUUAUUUUGUGAUAACUUUUAUACCCUUCUUUUUGUUUAAAUACGCUACAAUAAAGCAUUAUUUUAUA